AUGCCACUCGCUUCGAGCGUGGCGAACGAACGCGCCGGUACCAUCGGAUCUAGAAGUCACGUACACUCUCUGAACGAUGAUUGUCUCAUCGCCAUCUUUUACUACGUGGCUCGAGAUCCCCUCGAGCCGUUCUACCCGAGGGAGAUUGAGACGACCAAGGCAGAUCAACUGAUCUGCUUGACACACGUAUGCCAGAGAUGGCGCGGAGUUGUACUAGAUAUCCCUCAGCUGUGGGCUGACGUGGCUUUUGUAUAUCCGAAGGGCUUCCCCACUCUCCUCGGACGCGCUCGAGAAUCCCCACUCCGCUUCGCGAACGACGCCUUUGGAGCGAGGAAGCCCAUAAUAUCCAACGAACAGGCGCAUUAUAUGAUAUCUCAUCCUGAACGUCUGCGGAUACUGGAGAUCCACUACCAGUGGCCCUCGCUUGCGCUGGCUUUUGCUGGCAAGACCAUGCCGAUUCUCGAGAGUCUCACCUUCGAUUAUGGCGGCGCCUCCGACACCGAUGGGGAGGGAAAUCGGUUCUACUUCAAUGAGCGACCAAUACGUGCCCCAUUGCUCAAGCACGCAGUAUUUGGGACCAUCUACAUCCCGCUGAUUGCGCCGCAGUUGACCAGCCUCCAUCUCGGAAUCGCCGAUGGCCUUACCGGCACUUUCGAUCUGGAUAGCGAGCGUUUCUACGCCCUGCUGAAGAGCUCGCCGCUGUUGGAGUCUCUCAGCUUACACGAAUGUUUCCCAGAAGAAGCCUGGGCGAACGAGGAGAGUGAGCGCGUAGAACUACCGCGUCUGGUCAAAGUGGAUAUGACCGGUUAUAUCGCGGCCAUUGCCAGCAUGGUCGACAUGAUCCACCUCGUCAACGCGUGCUCCAAUAUCUCCCUGACUGUAUACGAGGUAGACGAAGACGGUGCGGCGGACUUUGCCUGCGCUUUAGCCCCGUUCAUACAGACUGCGCUGCACGAUACACUGUCCGUCACCGGUUAUCUGGCAGACCGGUCUAAUGGGCACCCAGGUCUUCGCCUUUUCUCGUCCGAGAGGACUACUAAAGAUUCAUCCAUCCACGACUCGUACACUCUUUCCGUAGAUGUCGGGUCUGACGAAGAAGACGUCGACAUCAUGAGCUUCUACCAAAGUAUAUUCGAGCAGCUUUCCGAGGGCCAGAUACGGCAUCUGCUCGUGGUUCACGAAGAGCAGGAGAACGCGUUCACUUGGGUCGACACCAUCCAACCCUUUCAUCUCCCCGCGCUGUCUCAAUCUGUCGACAGGAUAUCAUUCCAGUUGGAGAAUAGGGGGCAUGUCGACCCGGACUUUGGCGAAGGCCUUGCACCCAAGUUUCUGCUGGAAGACUAUAAAGCGUAUCCAAGCCUCACGUCCCUGACCCUACAUGGCGACGGGAGGCAUUAUGCAGCAGCGACCAACCCUGAUAAAUUCGGGGAGUUCAUCCAAUGGCUUCAGAAGCGCCGCGACAGAGACAUACCGCUCGAGACGAUCCGUCUCACCGGGGACGUGUACAAUAAGCGGUACCAAGUUGACCAGUCCGGUACCGUCUGGAUGGGGCCGCAGGACUGGACGGUCUGGCAGGAAGUAAGGAGCAACGGCGUCCGAGUUAUCGACGAGCGCAAGUUGAUUCCCAUGUCGAUGGCGCCGCAUCUGUUGCGCGCCGAUUGA